CUCAUUAUUUUUUUUUUUGCGAGAUCGAUAUCAAAACAUCAUACGGUCUAAGAGCAGUGAUUGUAUUUUUACGGUAUUUCGAUCUAUAAUCCUAACAAUAAUGUCAGCGGUGCAAUAAUUAUAAUGUUCUGUGUUGUUGCCCAUCGCACGAUGUCGUGCGAAUGGGCGCGUCGAGUGGCCUUCCAUGCACCACGAUCUCAACCGGCGCUGCAAAAUCGCUUACGAGCCGUCCAAUUGUAUAUGAGUAAGCCAUGCACAAAUCGGUUUAGCUCAACUGCAGCAAACGCAGCACCUAACAAUGGAAGAGAAAACGCGCGGAAGUCACCCAAGACUGUCCCAUUGACGACUCCUGUAAUAAUUCAAGUGCCAUCGGCAGAUCCUAAAGCUUUAGUUAAAGAAAUUAGUAAAUCGUUGAAUUCAGUUAAAGCUACAAUUUCACUGGAAAAUAAGAAAGAAACGAGCGGUGAAAUCGCUACCUUCCUGCCCAGCUUCAGUCGCUUAAUGUAUCACUACCUGAUGCUAUCAAAAAUUCGACUGACUUCUUUGGUAGUAAUAACAACAAUGGCUGGUUAUGCGAUGGCGCCUGCUCCAUUCGAACUGUCCACAUUUUUGCUGUGUUCGUUAGGGACAACCUUAGUUUCUGGUGCGGCGAACUCCAUCAACCAAGUUAUCGAGACCUCGUUUGAUGCACAAAUGCCACGUACACGAAACCGAGUGCUGGUCAAAGGAUAUUUAUCACGCUUGCAUGCUGUUGGAUUUGCACUUGGUGCCAGCUCUGUGGGAAUUGGAAUGCUCUAUUUUGGUGUAAACGGAUUGACAGCCGGAUUGGGUGCAGCCAAUUUAAUUCUUUACACCAGCAUCUACACACCGAUGAAGCGAUACAGUAUACUGAAUACCUGGGUUGGAUCGAUAGUGGGUGCUAUUCCGCCCUUGAUGGGUUGGGCUGCUUGCAGUGGUGAUAUCGGAGCAGGCGCAUGGGUUCUCGCUGGUUUAUUAUACUGUUGGCAGUUUCCUCAUUUUAAUGCUCUUUCCUGGAAUAUUCGACCAGAGUAUUUAAAAGCAGGCUACAAAAUGAUGGCAAAUUCCCAUCCUCGCCUAUGCACACUAGUUUCGUUGCGGCACACCGGUUACAUUACGGCUCUGUCUCUACUGGCACCAGUAAUAGACGUAACGAACGUUUGGUUUGCAGUAGAAAGCCUGCCAUUGAAUGCCUAUUUUGGCUAUCUUGCAUGGGAUUUCCAUCAGAAAGCAGAUAGCAAAAGUUCAAGGAAGCUUUUCCGCUUUUCUCUAUUGCACUUGCCACUGCUGAUGGCUUUAUUCCUGCUUAACAAAAAAUACUGGAUUUUCUCCCAUGAGAAAACCAUGGAAGAAACUGCACCCACCAUACAAUUGGAAGACGAAAAUGAGCCUUUCACAUCCCAAAAACCAGAAAAGAAAGCGGACGUUUAUCUAGUACCAAAUAUCGUUGUAGACGUGGGAAAUCUUAAUUGCACCCAAAGUGGUAUUAAAGCUAUAGAAGAUAGUCUAAUAACGAACGUGGCCGCAUCGUUGCCCACAACGGUUUCCGGUAAGCAAAAGCUCUAGUUACUGGUAAUUCCUAUUCCGAACCAAAAUGUACAUUGAGAUACUAGAAAUAAAUGAAACGAUACUUGUGACCUAGACUCUUAAGAGGGCAUAAAAGUUUUAUCAUGUUUUUGGACUCAUUUAAAAUAUUUUUUCUCAAUGCAGUUGAAGUUUACCAUUCAAAAAGUCAUAGAAUGUGAUACCAUGGAUUGGCGCUCGGAGGUUUAUUCAAAAUUAAAAAGGGGUAUAUAAAAUUAUCUUGUCUCUGAUCACUCCUUUUUUUUUCAAAAUAAAUUUGAAAGCAUAAAAUGGCGGACAUUCGUACAUAAAAAUAGAUUUCAACCUUCUCUAAAAAAUGCAAAAAGGAUGGUUCAAACACCAGAUAAUCUUACAUGCUUUGGAACAAAAAAAAGUAAGUGAAUUGGUUGAGCCAGUCUUGAACUAUUGAUGGUGUCGACUUCAAAAACCUGGUUUUGAGAACAACACUGUAGAAUGUUUCAUUCGCUGUGUAAUUGCUACGCUCAGUACAAACAGCUGUAACUUUGCUAAUUUUUCGAAUUUGCUCCAAAUUGCUUCAAAUAAACUGACACGUGCCAGAUUUUGCAAUACAGUCUCGGAUUUGAAUGCAUUAUCCCGGACGACCAAGUGUCCCACAUUGGCUAAUUUUUAACCUGCCAGUUAAAUGUUGAAAUGCUCAGAUAAAUACUACCUGCAAUAGAAUUUUACUUACAAUCGUGAAUAGUUUUUUCAAUAAGAUCUCGACUAACGAAGAAUUGUUACAAAAAAAAA